UCAUCAUAAUAUAUUUGGGUGCAUUGCUGUUGAAUGCAAUGAAGCGUAAGCUACAGUAGGCUAUAGUUAACGGGCCAAACUUGAGUAUAUUAAAAACACAGGGGCACGUUACAAUAAGAAUGUAUACUGUACAUGAAUGAUUGAAAUGUAUGGGGGUCAGUAGAAACAUUAACACAUUCAAAAGUAUUUGGGUCUUGUGUUAUGUUUAUACUGACCACAUACAUGUUUAAUCAUUUCAUGUACAUUAUUAGGUAACGUGCCCCUGUGUUGCAAAUGCGUAUCAUUAUGUAUCAUAUGAGAUGGGACGUAACGUCGAUAUAUAUCCGUGCAAGGUUCAUUACAAAUUUUAUGUUAAUGUGCAAUAUAGCUAGUUAUCGACCCCUUUUCAGCCUUUAUUGCUAAGAAAGUGAUAACUCUUCCGAUUACCAUGGACUUGGAUAUACAUUUUUAUCUACAAUUUAUUGUUGUGUCAGAGAUAAAUUAGGGUUUAGACAAUUCCAGCUACACAUGCUCUUUGCAGGUUCUCAACAAUUCAUGACGACAACAAUACCACAAUGUCAGGGCAACUAUACAAUGACUUCGCGUCAACAAUUCAAUCACAUCCAAUGAACUUUGUCUCGCAUUUGAUACAGGAGAGAGAACGUACCACUCCAGCUCCCUUCAGAUGACAGAAGACUAGGGAUUUAAAUAUUGUAAUGGCUACCAAUGGUGGUGAAAUGACUACAUCACUACAAAUGGACGUUUUGUUGAGUUAUAUGAGAUGACCAGGCUACUAUGACUUAAAUUGUACUUGGCGAAGUGUGGUGGAUAUUUUUCCAUGGAGAACACCGACAACAUGUCUGGUGUGUGUGAUAAGGCCUGCCUAGAUGUUUGUAGCUUAUCGAAGCAGCAAAAUGCACUGACAAGAAAAAAGCCGUACAAGUGUGAUGUUUGUGGUAAAUUUUUUGCGCAGUCAGCUCAUCUUGAAACACAUUUCAGAACACAUACUGGAGAAACUCCUUACAAAUGUGAUGUCUGUGGUAAGGAAUUCAGUGAAUCGUCCAAGCUACAGAGGCAUUUCCGAUCCCACACUGGCUCCAGACCCUAUAAGUGUGAUUUCUGUGGUAAGGAAUUUAUCCGAAGAGACACGCUGCAGAAACAUACAAGAACACACACGGGAGAGAAGCCUUACACGUGUGAUAUCUGUGGUAAGGGAUUCAGUCAGUCCGCUCACCGCCAGAUGCACACAUUGACACAUUCUGGACAGAAGCCGUAUAAGUGUGACGUCUGUGAUAAGGUGUUUAGUCAGUCCUCUCACAUGAAAACUCAUUUCAGGACACACAUUGGAUACAGUCCUUUCAAGUGUGAUGUGUGUGGUAAGGAAUUCACAAGGGCAGAGUACCUACAGAAACAUAGUAUGACACAUACCGGAGAGAAACCUUACAAAUGUGACUUCUGUGGACGCGGGUUUAUACAGUCAUCUAACCUCCGAAGACAUAUCAGGUCACAUACGGGAAAUAACCCUGUGUUGUCUGUGUAAGGGGAAUAACCCUGUAUUGUCUGUGUAAGGGAAAUAACCCUGUAUUGUCUGUGUUAGGGUAAUAACCCUGUAUUGUCUGUGUAAGGGAAAUAACCCUUUGUUGUCUGUGUAAGGGGAAAUAACCCUGUGUUGUCUGUGUAAGGGAAAUAACCCUGUAUUGUCUGUGUAAGGGAAAUAACCCUGUAUUGUCUGUGUAAGGGAAAUAACCCUGUGUUGUCUGUGUAAGGGAAAUAACCCUGUGUUGUCUGUGUAAGGGAAAUAACCCUGUGUUGUCUGUGUAGGGGAAAUAACCCUGUAUUGUGUGUGUUAGGGAAAUAACCCUGUAUUGUCUAUGUUACUAAAUAACCCUGUAUUGUGUGUGUAAGGGAAAUAACCCUGUGUUGUCUGUGUAAGGGAAAUAACCCUGUAUUGUCUAAGGGAAAUAACCCUUUAUUAUCCGUGUAAGGGAAAUAACCCUGUAUUGUCUGUGUAAGGGAAAUAACCCUGUAUUGUCUGUGUAAGGGAAAUAACCCUUUGUUGUCUGUGUAAGGGAAAUAACCCUGUGUUGUCUGUGUAAGGGAAAUAACCCUGUGUUGUCUGUGUAAGGGAAUGUGUUUUCUGUGUUAGGGAAAUAAAUUAAAUGUGCUGUACAUUACUGUGUAUUGCCCACUCUGUUAAAUUGCCGCCACAAACCAAAUAAUGGAUUUAUAAUUAAGAAUACUCAGAUAGCCAACUCCGGUGCAUCGUCCUCAAGUUAUAUGCUAAUUAGUAAUUAUAAAGUAGAAGUUCAGGGAAAACCUUGGCUGUGUGUAUCACAGUUGAUCAGGACACCUGUAUUGUUUUGACAAGAGAACAGUGUCAAUAAACGUUUUUCUGGAUAUA